AUGGUGGCGACAACAGACUGCGCGGAAAAGUCCAAAUCCAUCACUGGAAACAAGGUAUCCAAACCACUGAUGGAAAAGAAACGAAGAGCUCGCAUCAACAAGUGUUUGGACCAGUUAAAACUGCUUCUGGAGAGCUUCUACAGCAGCAAUAUUCGAAAACGCAAACUGGAGAAGGCCGACAUCCUGGAGCUCACUGUGAAACAUCUGAGGAACCUCCAAAGGAUUCAGAGCUGCUCUGUCGGUGCCUCCGAGUUUUCUGAUCACCAAACCGGCUUCCGAAGUUGUCUGGCAAACGUCGACCAGUACUUGAUCAUGGCGGACACCUUGAACGGAGGCGACCGCUGGAUGGUUUCGCAGCUCUCCGGUAAACUCAGCCGCUCUCUGCAGGGACGAGGGCAGGUCUCCAGCACCAUGGACAGCGGCCUGGUGCGCGCUGAGGCCCGGGAGGAGGAUGAGGAGGAGGAGGAGGAGGAGGAGGCGCGGAGGCUCCUUCCACCUGCGGCCGGACCCGAGGAGGGAAACACGGCCAGACCCAAAGUACAGAGACUCAACAGCGCAGGCACGUCUCGUUUCCCACCGAGCGAGGAGGCACGACAGUCCCGUGGAGCCAAACAGGCUGUCGGUGUUGAAAACAGUCCCAGUCACAAGAAGCGCCUCUCGGUCAGCCACAGGAAUGAAGCAGCGCACAGUCAACACAGUGUCUGGAGGCCUUGGUAG